GUAUAUUUGGCGCUCUUCAUUCAGUAUGAGUCUGGCGCGUUUUUGAAAGAGCAACAAAUGUCGAGAAGAAACAUGUAUUUUGAAUUCUUACUCGGAACAUUUUGGAAAGUAUCCGAGUAACGUGCUCCACUUUACGUUCAUAUGUCCGCGGCUGACAUGUUGAAAAUGUUUGGACCACUUUUGGGAGCUGUGAGGAGCAAAGUGAGUUUGAUAGUAGCAUCUACCGAAGGCUGUUAGCUUGUUGUUUUACAGUGAAAUUUAUAUGUCUGGUGGCAACACACAGCUGUCCGCCCCACACAAUGAGCUUUGCCUCUAUUGUUCAUUCACGCACUCGGGGAAGUGAGUAAGAAAAGGCAAGAAGACGCAAGAAGACAACAAGUUACAGGUUCAGUUUUUAUCGGUCUCUUCAGAUUAUGGCUGGUGUUGUGGCUAUGGCAUCUGUCAUUGAGGACUUUGACACUCAACCUUGCAAGAAAACUCGCAAAGAAGAUGGCAGUCCUGUUGUCAAGACAAUCACAAACUAUUUCUCUCCAGUGCCCAAGCCUGAGGAGAAACCUUUUUCACCUCCUCGCUCCAACAACAUCAUGGACUAUUUUAGCCGGAAGACUCUGUCCUCUAAAGAGAAGACCAGCUCACCUGAACAGUCGAAAGAGAACUGUCGGACUUCUCAGCUUGCAGAGAAAUACACUAGCCCAGAGGUAGCCGUGAAAAAGCCUUCUCAGAAACGGAGUAGAAAGGCCAGCAAAGCUGCAAGAAGACUUGUGGAGGCUGAAACCAUUAGUUUCACAGAAGAACCGAGCUGCCUGAUUGUAGAGGAACCACAUGAUGGCAGAGACUCAGCAGCAGAAGUAAUCAGCAGCUGUGGUGUUUUUGGCAGUGAUACAGGAGCCUUGAUGACUGUGGGGAAAUCAGACAGGAAUGUCACUAAUACUGUCAGUGUUGAGCAGGCUGAUGAAGAUGAAGAUGGCUCCAAAUGUGGGAAUGCUGUCAAACUUAAUCCAGAACUGAACAGUAUUGAAUUAUCUCCAAUUGUACUUUCAAAAGAUAAAGCAAAACAAGUUAAAACUGUUGCACAGACUUGUAGGAAGGCUAAGCAUUCAGAACCUGAGGAGAAAGAGAGCUCCUUGUGUGAUGUUAGUAUGGAGGUCAAUGUGGAUGAGGCCUCUCUGUUAAAUAACAGCACUGUCACAAUCUCCUUUGAGGAUUUUGUGAGGAAUCAGGGCAAGGGGGAAGAGGACAUUGAAGAUGAACAGGGAGAAGAACAUGAAAGUAAAAUCACAACAGAGGCAGAAGAAAUAGACGCUAAGGAGUUGGACAAGCCUAAAGCUGAAGAAAAUGUUUGUUCAGGGGAGUCUCCUUACCAGGUCUCACCCCGAACUCUCACCAUCCAGGCGGAAGUACAUGUAGUCUCAUCCAAGCAGGAAGCAGCUAAGGCGGGGGGAAAACUAGCUUCUAUCUUCAACAGGAGAAAAGGAGCGAUGAGCCCUGUGGAGGUAGUAUCGUCUCCUCACAUAGAGGCCGGACACCAACUUCCUUCUACCUCUCUGAAUGUCAAGCGUAAAUCUAACGUGGUUCUUCAAGAGGAAGAUCUAGAGCUGGCUGUGCUCGAGAGUGAAUCCAUGCCCAAGUGCAGUGAGGCAGUGAAGAAACAGUUCAUGUCUGCUUUCAAACAGCCCAGUCUGGAUGGGUCCAAAACCAAGCCUGGUAAGAGCCAGGGCAAGCAGAAGCAAGCUGGAGAGAAGGCUUUGGAUGAUGCAGACAAAGUUGUUGAAGAAGAUUCUGUUACUCUACUCUCUGUUGAGCAAGUCCCUGCUGCCUCUCAGGAAAACAACAUAGCUACAAAUAAACCACAAAGAAAAGGCAGAAAGAAAGCUAAAGAAGAAGAAGCUGCUGCGGAAGAAACAGUGGCCACAGUUGUUGAGGUUGAUGAUGAAAGAGAGGAGCCUCCCAUCACCUCAACUCCCUCCAUCCCAGCAGUGAGGAGGUCCAGAAGAGAGGCUGUAGUCAGGCAAACACCCGAGGCCACCCCAACAACCCUUAUCAGAAAAACCAGGAAACGCAACAAGUCGAAGGACGCUGCUGCUGCUCUCCCGAAUGACUGCCCUCCAAAUGUGUCCACUCCAAAGCUGCACAAGUCGAAACAUGGGGUCUUCGUAGCAGAGGUGGUGUGCUCACCCGACACAAAAGAAAGUCCAAUCAGGAUUAGAUUUACCAGAGUCCAUAAAAAGGUUUCCAUGACCAAGGCUGAAAGUGGCAUAAACACUUUUUUGGCUACUAAAACAUCAAAGGACUCCAAAAAAAUUAAGCAGGCAAAGAAGUUGGUGGAGAAAGCCAGAGUGAUUCAGCAAAGUAAAAAAACUGCUGUCAAGGAGAAGGGCACCUUAAGGCGUUCGUCACGAACUGAGGCCUCAGACAAGAGGAGCUACUGUGAAGAUGAGGACUCUGUCAUCUGUCUGGAGGAUGAUCAGACUGCCGCUCCUCAGACAGCAGCAGGGAAGAGGAAAACCCAGAAGCAUUUACGCAGUCUAAAUGAAGUUCUGGGGAAAGCCACAUCUGUUGGUAAAGAGGCCAAGGCUGUCCCAGGCUCCAAGGAGAAGAAGGUGUCUGCCGUGAUUUCCAUCUUUGAUGAGAGCGACUCUGAAAACUCCCAGGAUGGCGAGCAGUUCAGGGCACGCAGAGAGUUCUUGAAGAGUGGCCUGCCGGAGUCCUUUAGGAAACAGAUAGUCAGGACCGCUGCCAACAAGGAGGCUUACUCUCUCUCCUGUUCCUCCUUUCAACCAGUUGUUCACAUGACGCAACAACCAAAAGAUUGCCCUCUUUGGAGUCUACUGUGGCCCGAGUCUUUGCUACUGCGUCAUCUGAAAGAGCUUUGGGGCCAAACAUCCAGCCCACUUCCAUCCGUUAGUGGCUCGCUCUGUGUGAAGACAGAACCAGCCCGCAGAGCCUUUUGUGAACGGGGUUCUGGCUGGAGGCCUGAGAUCUCUGAAAGUGUUCGUCAGCUUCUUAUGGAGGAGGUCAGCACCUCUAACCCUUCCUUCCCUGUCGAGAUGUUCAUCACUCGCUUCCUGAAGAGACGCGCUGACCACCAGCAGCAGUGCACAGCCUCAGAACCCGAGGCUGUAACCAGAGUCACAAGCACCACUCAGCCGGCUGAACCAGUAGGAGGGAAGAGGAAGAGGAUGGAUGAAGCGGUGGAGAUGACAGCGAAAGUGGCUAAGAAGCAACGGGCCGACUGUGCAGAAGAAAACGUUUCUGAGCUUGAGCCAACAAGAAGGGCAGGCCGUAUGAGACGAGCUCAGAGAUCGAGGACAGAGGAGGGGGAAAAUGAGAAAGCAAAGCCUCCAGUGAUAACUGCUCCGACCCCGUCUGAAGAUGACUCUGUGAUCGAGAUUGAAGACUUUCUUUUUGGAGAGAACACUGGAAAAAAAGAUGUGGUGAAGGAGGACGUGUUAUGGACAGACAAAUAUCAGCCCCAGCACUCGAGUGACAUCUUGGGCAACACCGCCUCAGUGAGCAGGCUGCACAGCUGGCUUAAGGAAUGGAAACUCCGUGCAGACCGAGAAGAGAGAAAAAAUCAGAAAGACAACAAGAAACAAGAGGAAUGUGGAAAUGACUCGGACUGGGAAUGCGGGGAGGUGGACUACCAGGAUGGAGAGGACAUGUUGUGUAAUACAAUGCUCAUCACAGGACCCACUGGAGUAGGGAAGACUGCUGCAGUCUAUGCGUGUGCCCAGGAGCUGGGCUUCAAGGUGUUUGAGGUGAAUGCUUCAUCUCAGCGGAGUGGCCGUCUAAUUCUGUCCCAGCUGAAGGAAGCCACUCAGUCACACCAAGUGGACAGUCAGGGGGUCAACGCCCACAAACCCACCUACUUCAACAGUUACGGCACAAGCAGCAGCGCUGGCACUCUCAAGCCCGGAUCCUCACCCAAAAAGUUUAACUCUCCUCGCAGGGUGGUUUCCUCUCCCAGGAAACCUCCCCAGUCCCCAAGAGGGGCUAGAAGAGGAGGCCUGGCUCCCACCUCUUUGGCCAACUUCUUCAAAAGGGGUCGACCCACCACCAAGGAGACACCUGACACGAAGAAAAGUGACCAAGCGGCUGCUUCCAAGAAAGUCAUAAAAGCAAACGAAUGUACCGUCAAGCAUCAAGACCCUGCAGUCAAAUCACCAACAGCUACCACCCCGAAAGAGAAGCACAAUGAAGAACCGAGCAAAAAGACAGCUACCUCACUUAUCCUGUUUGAAGAAGUGGAUGUUAUCUUUGAUGAUGACUCAGGGUUUCUAGCUGCCAUCAAGACAUUUAUGACCACUACAAAGAGGCCAGUCAUCCUCACUACCAGCGAUCCUGCUUUCAGCACCAUGUUUGAUGGCAACUUUGAAGAGAUCCAUUUCAAAACGCCGUCAGUGUUGGAUGUAAGCAGCUUCCUGCGGCUGUUGUGUCUGACAGAGGACGUGAGGACAGACUUAUUGGACAUCAGCUCACUGCUCAGACUCAAUGGAUGCGACAUCAGGCAGAGUUUACUGCAGCUGCAGUUCUGGACUCGCAGCGCAGGAGGCCGCCACGUAACCAGGCCGUUGACGCAAACUGGCAAAAAUGCUGAAUUGAAGCCAGAGACUGAUGAAGAGGAAGCAGGCGUGACUGUCCCAUCCACUAUCCCUCCCUGUGACACCGGCUGCACCGAGAGCAUGCUGGGGCUGCUGAAUGUUGAACCUGAGAGAGACAUUUGGGAGCUGCUCAAGAGUCCGGCAGAGGAGACAUUAUGCUGGGAGCUGCUGACAAACAGCAAGCGACGAGGAGUGGACCUGCUCUAUUCCAACAUGGAGACACUCUUACCUCUCCCACUCACACAGUUGACUACCUCGACAUACAAACCGAAGCAAUCUGUUUCAGCACCACAAGACCAUCCUGUUGAUCCAAAAGAGCUGCCAUCCGAUGGCAGGUUACUGCACACGGCAGAAUCCGUGGAUUUCUCGGACGACAGCAGUCCAGUUAAAAUGUCCAACAGAAUGAGGAAGAACAAGAAGAGUCACUGUCUACCGGACCAGGAUGGACUGCACUCGGACUCGGACUCGGACUCAGAAGAAGGUUUUCUAUGUCUCAGCAAGCCGGAGUGCGCUCCUCUGGUAAAGGAGGAAGUCAAAGAGAGUUUAGUUUCAGAGACGGUGAAGAGGAAGCCACUGACGCCUGAGGAGCGGGUAAAAAGUCUUCCCGUCUCCCAGUGUCUUGACUCAAUAGCUGAGUUUUUAGACAAUAUGUCGCACAUGGACUCCUUGCUUGUUCAUCCGGAAGGAGUUGACAAUCACAGAAAUAUGUCACCGGUCGGUGCAGUGGUGAAAGACGGGAUGACAGAUGAGUCGAGGCUUGAGACUGACCGAGGGAGCUGGGUGAGAGGAGAGCACGUCUCGGAGAUCCCGGCUGCUGUGGAGGCACUGAGCUUCCACAAGUGUCGGGUUUCAUCAGCUGAGGCCUGGAACAAAGCCCAUCAACUGGAAGGGGAGCUGGGAAAGGAGGCUGCAGCAGAAUUCGCCCUCCCUGUGGCCGCUCAUCGUGAGGGUUACAGCUUCUCUCAGGACGGCCCCUGUCAACCACAGCUGGUCCAGCAGAGGAGAGAAGUGAUGGAGAGUCUGAUGUUCAGAGGAGUGUUUGGUACUCUGGGCAACAGAUCAGCAGCUGCUCUGGAUUACUUACCGGCCCUUCGCACCAUCUGCAGGUCAGAGCAGCUUAAGGAGCAAGGCAAAGUUAAACGAAGGUUCCUGCACUACCUAGAUGGGAUCCACCUGGGUCUUGAUAAGAGCACUCUACAGCACCUUGCUGAAGACUUCCCCUGAACCAGUGAGGGAUCAGACGUGUCCUCAUGAUCACAAAGCAGCCUUAAACAAAUACGGUCCUUGCGUUUUGGCUGUUAAAUUGGAAGAAGGAACACAGGUUGUGUUGUGACACGAGGAUGAAUAGUCGGGCAACUGCCUUUUGUCUCUUUAUGAUCCUGACCUCGUCAGAAGUGUGUGUGUGUGCACAAAGGACUGUCUGGUGAGGUUUCUACAUAUUUCUUCUAGAAUGGAAAUGACUGAAUCCAGAAAAUGUAUUCUCAGCUGAAGGGCGCACAGCUAAAUCACCUCAAAAGUUCAGCACGUCUUUAGAAUGCACUAAAGAUUUCUACUUUAUAUGAGUUUUGUAAUAUUAAGCGGUGCUGGAGUGUGUUUUUGUACAGUAGUGUUUUAUACGUUGAAGCCUCAUUUAUCAUUUUCCAUUUUAGAAAAUUGCUUUUGAGGAGCAAGUAUGUAUCAUUAAUGAAUUUUAAGAGAUUAACAUGUAAAAUAGAAUUUGUAAAUGCUGUGUGUAAAUUGUCAUUCUCCACACAAAGUACUGUUGAUGCACUCAGGAUCUUGAUGAAGAUAUAUUUGUCAUCCCUAAAUCACCUUCACAUUCAUCACAGCCUCUCCUUUUUAAAUUGUUUCUUUUCUUAGCCUUAAAUAUGUACACAUUCACAGUGGGUUUUUGUUGUGACCAAAUAAAGGUUUAUAACAACUAAAUAAAUAA